AUGAUUUGUGCUUUUGUAGUAAAGGUGUUGAGCUCCCGAUCAUCAGGCCGUGGGUUUGAUUCUCGUGCCUAUUAUCGUGAUUCUCGUGCCUAUUCCCGAGAUUCUCGUGCCUAUUCUCGAGAUUCUUGUGCCUAUUCUCGAGAUUCUCGUGCCUAUGAUCGUGAUUCUCGUGCCUAUUCUCGAGAUUCUCGUGCCUAUUCUCGAGAUUCUCGUGCCUAUUAUAGUGACUCUCGUGCCUAUUCUCGAGAUUCUCGUGCCUAUUCUCGAGAUUCUCGUGCCUAUUAUCGGGAUUCUCGUGCCUAUUCUCCAGAUUCUUGUGCCUAUUCUCAUGAUUCUCGUGCCUAUUCUCGAGAUUCUCGUGGCUAUUCUCGAGAUUUUCGUGCCUUUUAUCGUGAUUCUCGUCACUAUUCUCGUGAUUCUCGUGCCUAUUCUCGAGAUUCUCGUGCCUAUUCUCGAGAUUCUCGUGCCUAUUCUCGAGAUUCUCGUGCCUAUUAUCGUGAUUCUCGUGCCUAUUCUCGAGAUUCUCGUGCCUAUUCUCGAGAUUCUCGUGCCUAUUCUCGAGAUUUUCGUGCCUAUUAUCGUGAUUCUCGUGCCUAUUCUCGUGAUUCUCGUGCCUAUUCUCGAGAUUUUCGUGCCUAUUAUCGUGAUUCCCGUGCCUAUUCUCGUGAUUCUCGUGCCUAUUAUCGUGAUUCUCGUGCCUAUUCUCGAGAUUCUCGUGCCUAUUCUCGAGAUUCUCGUGCCUAUUCUCGAUUUCUCUAUUCUCGUGCCUAUUAUCGUGAUUCUCGUGCCUAUUCUCGAGAUUCUCGUGCCUAUUAUCGUGAUUCUCGUGCCUAUUCUCGAGAUUCUCGAGAUUCUCGUGCCUAUUCUCGUGAUUCUCGUGCCUAUUUUCGAGAUUCCCGUGCCUAUUCUCGAGAUUAUCGUGCCUGA